AUGGAGCCUGCACUGGCGUCGGCACCGGCUGGCACGUCAUCAACAGCAUCCGGUCCGCCUCAACCUUCUGCUACACCAAAUGGUCAAGCUACGCCUGCUGCAUCAGCGCCGAAGCACCCGCCGCCUCUUUUCCCUUUGCGGGAAUUUCUUGCAAAGGGUGGCGUGGCUGCUCUGCCCAGGACUCGAGUCGUUGAUGUAGGCGCAAUGUUCCUCGACGAGGCCGAGGAAGUUUGGCGUCCACUGCAGAGAAGAGGCCACUGUGAAUCCGUGGUGGGUUUCGAGCCGUGCUCAGAAGAGUGCGAUCGGCUCAACACCUUGAUUGACAGCUUGAGUGCAGAUGGCGCUGACGGAGGCUCCAGCUCCUGCGUUUUCAAAUUCCUUCCUUGGGCUUUGGGCGAUGGCUCUCGGGGACAAUUCCGCCGCUGUUCUGCAGCGAUGACCUCCUCAAUGCUUGAACCUAACAUUCCGCUGCUGCGCCGAUUUGUGCAGCUAGAGGAGGUUACCACAGUUGUGGAGCGCAGCGAGAUGGAAACUAGGAGGCUUGAUGACCUUUUGCCUCAAAUUCCGGGCAGAGGAGUUGACUACUUGAAGAUCGAUGUGCAGGGCUUCGAGCUAUCUGUACUGAAGGGAGCCGAGCAGGCUCUCAAGGAUGUCCUGGUGGUUCAUACAGAGGUCGAGUUUGUGGACAUGUACGAGCACCAGCCACUUUUUGCGGAUGUGGAUAGCUUCUUGCGAGGUCAGGGCUUCGUGUUCCACCGUUUCGUUUCGCUGCACGGGAGGCCUAUGAAGCCCCUGCAUCUUUCGGCAAACCCUUUGCAACCCAUCUCCCAGCAACUCUGGGCCGACGCGGUGUACGUCCGUGACCUUUGGGAACUGCAGAGCCACUCCAGAGACCAGCUCCUCAAACUCGCGCUGAUCCUGCACGAGAUCUAUCACUCCUACGACGUCGUCCUGCACGUUCUGCAGAAGCUACUUCAUUGCAAUGUCAUUGGGUGUUACGAAAGCUUGCGCAAGCUGGUUCUAUCACAGUUUUGA